GCGGGCGGCGGGCGACCCGGCGCUGCUAGACCCGGAAGGGAUGCGCGUGUCGAGUUCCUGCAGGGGCGCUGGGGAAGGGGAGGCCCGGGGCACGGUCAGCCCGACCCGCAGGCUCUGCCCUCUCCCUUCCUGCUUCCCCCCUUUCCCAGCGAGCCGGGCGGGAGGCCGGGCAGGGGCUGAGCCCUGACACCUGCGGUUUCCUGGCGCGCUCCUCCGCCCACAGCCCCUUUGCAGAUGCUCCUGUGCACCAGGCGGUCGCUUCUCGCCUGGGAAGGAGCACUCCGCUUGGAAGCGGGAGUCGGGCUUCCGACCUUGGCCCUGCCGUUCCUAUGUGAAAGUCCACAAGCCCCAGUGUCUGCCUUGCCUCACCUUUUCUGAAGAUAAAUAGGACACAGAAAAAAAUAGGAAAGAAAUGGACAUUUGUUGAGUUCCUGCAUGGCCAACAGGUUUUCCGUGGAGGCCCAGACCCCUCUGCUCCCCAUGGGCAGCUGUCAGGCAGGGCACAACCUGCAUCUCUGUCUGGCCCACCACCCGCCUCUGGUCUGUGCCACUUUGAUCCUGCUGCUUCUUGGCCUUUCUGGCCUGGGCCUUGGUGGCUUCCUCCUCACUCACAGGACUGGUCUGCGCAGCCCUGACAUCCCUCAGGACUGGGUCUCCUUCUUGAGGUCUUUUGGCCAGCUGACCCUGUGCCCUACGACUGCGACAGUCACAGGGACGUGGCAUGGGUCCCACGUUGUGGGCUUGCUGACCACCUUGAACUUCGGAGAUGGUCCAGACAGGAACAAGACCCAGACAUUUCAAGCCACGGUUCGGGGUAGUCAGAUGGGAUUGAAAGGAUCUUCUGCAGGAGAGCUGGUCCUCAUUACAGCCAGGGUGACCACUGAAAGGACCCCAGGAAUCUGCCUGUAUUUUAGUGCUGUCCCAGGACUCCUGCCCUCCAGCCAGCCACCCAUAUCCUGCUCAGAGGAAGGAGUAGGAAAUGCCACCCUGAGCCCUAGGAUGGCUGAGGACUGUGUCGGGGUCUGGAGCCAGGAAGGCCUUGUGCUCACCAAACUGCUCACCUCGGAGGAGCUGGCUCUGUGUGGCUCCAGGCUGCUUGUUUUGGGCUCCUUCCUGCUUCUCUUCUGUGGCCUUCUUUGCUUUUUUACUGCUGUGUGUUUCCACCCUCGUCGGGAGUCCUACUGGUCUAGAACCCGGCUCUGAGAGCACCAGUCUGGUUCCUGUCUUGUUCUCAGGUGUGAAUCAACUUCUUGGGCCUUGGUUCUGAGUUGGAAGAGAUAUUACAGAAAGUGGAGAGCAAAAAUGUGGGGGGAAAUAAAAGGAUUUUUUAAAAUUUA